UGUUUACCGGAAAUAGCUGAGGAGUGCGAAUCGUCAGUAUUUCCAAAAUGGCGGUAUCGUUUGGAUUUGUCGUGUUGGCAUGCUUUUCACUAGUUUCCAGUGCAAAAUAUAAGGAUGAUGAAAAGGUUACGGUUUAUGUUAACAAAGUUGGACCUUACUUUAACCCUCAUGAAACGUACCACUACUAUCAGCUCCCUGUUUGCCGUCCACAAAAGAUCGAACAUAAAAGUUUGACAUUGGGCGAAGUUCUGGACGGCGAUCGAAUGGCAGUUUCAAACUAUGAUCUACGAUUUAAAAAGGACGAAAAUGAUAAAGAAUUAUGCACGGUCGAGCUGUCCGAAAAAGAUUUGAACACCCUAAGGAGCGCUAUAGAAGAUCUCUACUUUUUUGAAUUCGUUGUAGACGAACUCCCUAUCCGGGGAUUUGUUGGCCAUUUAGAAGAAGGGGGAUUUUUACCGCACAAACACAAGAUUCAUUUGUGGACGCAUCUACGAUUUAAUGUCGAAUACAACGGAGAUCAGAUUAUAUACGCAAAUGUAUCGACUAAAGAACGACAACCAACCAAUUUGGAUGAUAAACAAGCGCCUCUUAAAGUGACGUUUACUUAUAGCGUUAAAUGGCAUCCCAGCAAAAUGCUACAUUCAGAAAGAUCUAAAAGAACGAAUAACAAUAACUUCUUUCCCAAAACUCUUGAAAUUCACUGGCUAUCGAUUAUUAAUUCCAUGGUACUCGUUUUCCUCCUUAUCGGUUUCGUGAUUAUCAUUCUGACCAGAGUGCUUAAGAAUGAUUUUGCGAGAUAUAACGGCGAUGAAGAAGAAGACGACAUACCUGAAGAUGAUAACGGAUGGAAAAUUAUUCACUCAGAUGUGUUCAGAUUUCCCAAAUUCAAAACCUUAUUUUGCGCUAUUCUCGGUGUUGGCAGUCAAUUCAUAUCAGUCGCUACGGGAAUACUUAUUAUGGCAGUCUUAGGAAUGUUUAACGUUCAUCGGCAUGGAUCUAUCAAUGCCGCUUCCAUAUUCCUUUACGCAUUUACAUCUUGUAUAAGUGGAUAUGUAGCGGCCAACAUGUAUAGGAAAAUGGGAGGGCAAAACUGGGUUUGGAAUAUCAACUUAACCUCAGCCCUCUUCGCCUUACCAUUUUUCAUUGUAUGGAGUUUUACCAACUCGGUAGCUUGGGCAUACGGAUCAACCCAAGCACUUCCAUGGCAAACUGUCUUAUUAUUGUUGAGUGUAUGGAUAUUUUUAGGCUAUCCAUUAACAAUAAUUGGUGGAAUAUUUGGUAAAAAUUGGGCGGGAAGUUUUGACGCUCCUUGCCGAACAAAAAAUAUAGCUAGAGAAAUACCAAGUGUGCCCUGGUAUAGGAGUUGUUUGGCUCAUUGUGUUAUUGGAGGAUUCCUACCUUUUAGCGCCAUAUCGGUUGAAUUGUAUUAUAUAUUUUCUACGUUAUGGGGUAGAGAGCAGCAGUACACUCUCUACGGAAUUCUAUUUGUCGUUUACGCCAUACUAUUAUCCGUAACUGCUUGUAUAUCUAUUGCACUUACUUAUUUCCAAUUAAGCACGGAAGAUUAUAGAUGGUGGUGGAGAAGCGUCUUCAGUGCAGGAUCGACGGGAGGUUUCGUUUUCUUAUACUCAUUAUUUUAUUACUUUAAGCGAUCGAACAUGUCUGGAAUGUUACAAACUGUUGAAUUUUUUGGGUACACAAUUCUCGGAUUCUUGGCAACUAUGAAUUAUGGAGCUUCAUCUUUUGGAAAUUUAAACGACCAGGAUAUUGACCUAACAAAGGUCCGCAGGUCGGAUACUAAAGGAUGGUUCAAAGACGUCCAAAUAGGAGAUAUUCUACAAAUAGACUUCCCUUCAUCGGUCGAAUCAUGUUACUUAGAUGUAAAGUCUUGCUUUGAGGACACAGAAAAGAUCGUUGACCUAGCAACGCUCAAAUUAGCACUUAAACAAGAAUUUCGUGAUAUUAAGCAACCGCUAUUAAAAUGUCAAUAUCAGACAAAAUCCCAUUUAAAUACCUCAAAAAGCAUCAAAAUAAUGCAAUGGAAUAUGUUAUCGCAAGCACUGAGCACAGGCAAAGAUAGUUUUUGUCGAUGUCCUUCAUCUGCCCUAGAGUUACCUUUUCGGGUUUUACGAAUCUUGGAAGAGAUAGCUAAUGUUGACGCAGAUAUCAUUUGCCUACAAGAAGUCGACCUAUUUGGUAUUUUACAUAGUGUUCUGUGUAGGAUCGGAUAUAAUGCAACAUUUCUACCAAAACCCGACAGUCCUGCUCUCUAUUGUAAGAACACUUAUGGACCAGAUGGAUGUGCCAUCUUUUACAAACGAAACGAAUUAGAAUCAAUUGAUUGCGAAAGACUUAUUCUAAAAUCGCUAUCUGGACAUUUUACAAAUCAAGUUUGUUUAGUUGCUACCUUCAAGAGGGGUGACAAUCUCUUUUGCGUUGCUAAUACUCACUUAAAAGCUAGGAAAGGUUGGGAGGUGCUAAGAGAAGAGCAAGGUGUGUUUCUAAUAAACCACUUUCAUUCAAAAUAUAGCCAGCUACCUCUAUUGAUUUGCGGAGAUUUCAAUGGAGAUCCCAACGAAAAUGUUUACAAAGUUAUUACGUCAAAAAUGAAUUUUAUGUCAUCAUACAAGUCUAUUUUAAACUCGGAACCUGAAUUUACAACUUGGAAAAUACGUGGGGGUAGAGGAGGCGAAACUGAUAUACGAAAAACAGUUGAUUAUAUAUUCUACAGUUCAAACUAUAUUAAUAUAACUUCCAUUAAGAAACUACCCGAAGAAAAGGAGAUUGGCUCAGAGAGAUUACCUGGCUAUCAUUAUCCAUCCGAUCAUCUAAGCUUAGCGGUAGAAUUCUCUUUCAAAUAA